AUGGACGUCCCUAGCACUGUGGUCGAAUCAGCGAUUCGAGCCCAAUCUGUGGAGAAAGUGGAUCUUCUGCUGAAAUUAGAAGCAAACCCAGGUGGAUACCUAAUCUCAUCAUUUGAGGCCUGGCAGGCGUUGUUUCUUCGUUCCCGAACGGAGAUUGACCUCAAUAACUUAGAGGGUGAUUACGCAAGAUCUGACAUUUUGGCCGGCAUCCCAACUCCACAGACAGUUCAUAUUACUGAGUUGGAGGUAGAGACGCGACUGUUGGUAGAAUUCUGGGCAGGAGCAACAGCAGCGCAAGGCCUUUGCGACGAGUAUCCGAACUUUGGGCACUCCCUGGUCAUUGCAGCUGGGUCGGGACUAGUCGCAAUGAUGGACCGGCUUCUGGCUACAGAUGCGGAUCGCUCGUUCUGGAUAGCUUUCCCUGCUCUGGGGGAUAUCCCAGAACCACCGACACCCUCGUCUCUCGCCCUUUCCUCCCCAAUUCAUGAGGCCAUCUCAGGCGCCAAUCAGAGCAUAGAGAUGCUUCGUCAUUUACUAAAGGCUGGCUUCAAUCCCAACGUUCCUCCGCUAGGGGACCAUCCGCACUCCAUACCUCCUCACCCACAUAUUACACGUGGCGACAGCACAUUCACUACAGGCUCUAAAACGGGUCGAAGGGUCGAACGGGAUAUUCCCCUCGAAUUCGCUGGUGCAACGGCCAUGGGGCAUACACUCCUUCAUAUCGCCUGUAUGUCGUCCAUGAUCCAGAAUCACGCAUCCAAGACGCGUGAAUCCAUCCAUAAUCUCCGAGGCAAGCCCAAGGAAGCAUCAUCAAUAGAAGUGUGCGAGUUAGAGUUUCCGGCCCAAAUGGAGUUGCUGGAAUAUCUCCUGUCAUCGGGGUUUGAGCAGUGCGUGGCAGCACAGGACACGGACCUCAAUACUCCACUGCAUUAUCUCGCUGGGGCACGUGUAAUCAACGAGAAUGCAAUCAUUCUGCUUCGUGAGCAGUCGGAUGGUGAGACGGCGUGGCGAGAGGUGCAAAAUUGGUACAGGUAUACUGCCGAGGAGAUCUGGGAACAGAAUCAUCGCGUCAGAAUGCGAAAGGAUAAAUGGUUUGGAGGCACGACACACAAGGUGGCAAAGAUGCCAACACUGCCACAUUUCAAGGCUUGCAUGGUUGGGCUCACGAAUCCUCAGUGA